AUGUUCGGAAUCUUCGCGGACUUGCUGUCCUCGGUCAUCACGAUCCUCUUCCCCGUCUUCGCUUCCUACAAAGCCCUCCGAUCCUCAGACCCCUCACAACUCGCACCAUGGCUGAUGUACUGGGUGGUGCUCUCCGUCAUUCUUCUAGCAGAAUCCUGGACAGUAUUUAUCAUCGGAUGGUUCCCAUUCUAUAGUUGGAUUCGCCUAUGUUUCCUGUCUUAUCUCGUUCUCCCCCAGACGCAAGGGGCUCGCUUGCUAUACCAGGAUUACGUGGACCCCUUCUUGACACACCACGAGCGGGAGAUCGAAGAUAUCAUCGGCCGCACCCAUGAGCGCGCCAAGGCCCUGGGACUCCAGUACUUCUACCAAGCGAUCGAUGUGAUCCGAGAGAAGGUCCUCGGUCUUCCCCCGCAGCGUCCAUCCACACCGCCCCAGCCAAAUGCUGCUUCCUACGCGCAGUCCCUCUUGUCACGCUUCAACAUCCCCACUGCCGGAGCUUCCACCAGCAAUGACUGGUACUCAGUUCUCAGCUCCGCCGUGGGCUCGGUAACAUCCGGCAAGACUCGCGAAGCGCGGGAAGAGGAGCUGUCCGCCAGCGGCAAUCUGCUUCAGCGACAGAUGUCUUCCAUGUCUGGAGCAGAGAAGGCGCACUUCAUUUCCUCGCAGCGCGAGCUGUUGGAUCACCUGCGAUCAACCCUGACCCGUGAGGAGCAGAGCAUCAACCUGGAUGUGCCCGAGACAGAUGACCUUGCCUACGGCGUGCCGCUACGUAAGAACCGCAGCGACAACUCCUUCGAGGUGGUCGAUAACGAGGACCUGGGUAGUCGCACGGCCCGAAAGACCAGCGGCGGAUGGACAUCGGGCUGGUUCGGCAACGAGCAGGACUCUGCUGGCUCCUCUGGUAGUGAUUUCGCCGCGCGGGCUACCGACGAGAUUUCUCGCUCGCGCGCAACGGGCUAUGAUCGAUCCUGA